CAGUGAUGGUUUUGUGAAACAGACCCUUUGCCCUGGAUUUGUUUUCGCAUGAAUGGUGAGCGACAAACGUAUUUUUAAAAGCUGAAUUUCGGUCGUGAACUCCAUGUGCGUGUAGAGAGCAUCCUUUCAAAUAAUUAUUCUUCCUUGUGGUAUUAGGAAAAAGAAAUCAACACUCUACUGGAAAGUCCACCAUCAUGAUGUCAUCAGUGGCCACAAGAUGGCGGUGUCUACUCACGACGCAGCGAACCAUAGCGCAGAUGACAAGGUGUUUAUCUACGCAGGGACUUGUCAACUGCCGCAAGACUAAACUUACUCACCCUGCAAAACAGAUGCCAUGCCUUGCGCGAGGUUUCAGAAGCACAAGUUAUUGUCUUAAUGAAGACCCUAAUACCGGCUUUCCCAGCCUGGAGGAGCUUGUGUUUAACAUGUUGAGUCAAGGUGAUGGAACCAUCUCAGUUAGCACGUUCUUUGAUGCUCUGCAAGCAAAAGGUUUGACCCUGAACGACCCCAGACUGAAAGAGUCGAUGGAUAACUUCCGUUCAAAACAUCUUCCUCAGUUUCCAGAGAGAAUAGGAGAUAAAUAUCUCACUGCUGAUGAAUUUAAAGACUGCGUACAAGACAACAUUGUCCUGAUUGGACGUGCCCUUCAGAACAAGCUUAUCAUCCCUGACUUCCCUGAGUUUGCUGCCACCAUCCAAGAAACGUUUGAAGAAGCUAAGAACAAUGAAACUGGAGAGUUGGCGGACUACAUCCCCCAGCUGGCCCGUCAGGACCCUAACGCCUGGGGGGUGAGCAUCUGCACCAUCGAUGGCCAGCGAUGUUCCUUUGGUAACACGUCGGACCACUUCUCCUUCCAGUCCAGCAGCAAGGCGCCUGCUUACGCCCUCGCCUCCACCCUCAUGGGCUCCGACUUUGUCCACAGGCACAUCGGUUUUGAACCGAGCGGCCAGUCUUUCAACGCCUUGUUCCUGAACAACAACAAUACACCACAUAACCCAAUGUUGAACUCUGGAGCCAUAGUGACUGCCGCCCUAAUCAAGCCUGAACUGACUGCAGCUGAUAGAUUUGAUUUCAUCAUGUCUAAGUUCAGAGAGGCAGCAGGGGGAGAGUAUAUAGGAUUCAGCAAUGCCACAUUCCUAUCAGAGAAGAAGACAGGUUUCAGGAACUUUGCAAUUACCUAUCUGCUCCAGGACUACAACUGCUUCCCACCUGGAGCUGACCCUGUGGACACCCUUGAACUCUACUUCCAGAUCUGUUCGUUGGAGGUGAAUUGUGAGUCAGCUUCUGUCAUGGCAGCCACCCUGGCCAACGGUGGCAUCUGUCCUCUGACCGGCAAGAAGGUCUUUGAGUCGGUGGCGGUCAGAGACACCCUGAGUCUCAUGCUCUCCUGCGGGAUGUACGACUUCUCAGGACAGUUUGCUUUCAAGGUGGGCAUGCCAGCUAAAUCGGGUGUGUCAGGCUGUGUCAUGCUGGUGGUGCCAAACAUCAUGGGUAUCAUGAUGUGGUCUCCACUCCUUGACAACUUUGGCAACAGCUGCAGAGGCAUCCAGUUCUGUCAGGAUCUGGUAACACACUUCAACUUCCACAACUAUGACAACCUGAGGCAUCAUUCAGCUAAGAAGAUUGACCCGGUUACUCAGAGGACACAUAGCCAGGCCACGCGGACCAUGAAGUUAUUAUUUGGUGCUUACAACGGAGAUGCUAGUGCUCUCAGGCAGUACUUCUUACAGGGCAUGGACAUGGCUGAGAGUGAUUACGAUAGUAGGACAGCCCUUCAUCUAGCUGCUGCAGAGGGUCAUACAGAAUGUGUAGAGUUCUUACUUGAGAAAUGCAAUGUAAGCCCUGAUGUACUAGACAGAUGGGGCCACACCCCUCUUGAUGAUGCAAGGCUCUUUGGUCACACAGGGGUUGUCGACAUACUAGAAAACUUCAAAGCCAGAAGGCAGGAAGAGACAUGAGAGGGAUUCUGGCAUUCUAAAUAGAAUUUAUAAAGAGCAGCUCUUCCUAUUGUAUUGACGACUCACCAAUGUUGGACAAGAGAUGGUACCACCUUCAAUUCUGUUCUUCCGUGCUGGCUGCAUAGACAGUGCUUGGCUCGGGACACUUUCUCCGUCGGUAAUGGUCUGGAAUUCAUUGGGUUAUGUGGGUAUGUGUAAUAUGAAAUAGGAUGAAGGGGUAGAGAACGUCUCUACUAUGCUGGAACCAUGUUCAUGAAUCAGUGCACAAAUUGAAUGAACAUUAUAAAGUAUAUCAUGUACAACUUCAGUCUGUAUACUGUUGUACCAAACCCAAAAGAAAAACUUCACAAUCAUGCUAGCACAAUCAGAGUUGUGCUUAAACAAAUUAUGACUUGUGAAUUUUUAAAAGUUUUUUUGCCCUAUGUUUUCCAAUUUCCCACUUUUCUUGUUUGUAUUGUAUACAAUGAUGGAUAAAUCAUAUAUAAAGAGAAGAGGGAUGAAUUCAUGCAUUUUUUCUGAGCACUGUAUACCAUUGCUCAAUUGUUUUGCAGUCUAAGACAGUUUUGAAAGGCACAACAUUUUAAACAUGGGGUUAAAGCUGCAAUGUGUUCCAAUGACAAUAUAAUGGCAAUGGAUAUCGUCUCUUUGAGGCGGGAAAAUGAAAUUUUGAGAUAUAUAUAUUUGUUUUCUAUUCCUCUAUUGUUUACUCCUUCUUGCCUUCUCUCUUUCUAACUAUUUUCUAUCCAUUAUCUGUGUUAACUACAAUGUCUCAGGUUGAACUGAUUUGAUAUAGGGGUCACGAGGUCAAAGGUCACAGGGUCAUACAUGUAUAUGAAAAAAUGGCUUGUAAUCACGAUAUUCUGAGAACUUGUUAAUGGAUUACAACCAAACUUGAAUUUGUUUUAAUUGCUUGUUCUGGUUUGUAAAAUCGCUCUAUAGCGGAGGCAUCAUUUUCGACUUUGCGCAGUGAAAGAUCCAUCUAGUUCUUUAUGAAAAGAUAUAGAUUAUCUCUACAUAUGUCAUGAAUAGGCUGUUCUUUUGCAUCAUACAUAUGCUGUACUUUUGCUAGAUUUUUUGACAGCCAUCCAAAUUUCAGGUUUUUAAAAUGAUUAUUUCAAGUAGAGGCUUUAGAUAUGAAAUCACGUCACUGCCCUGUCAUACAUAGAUGAUUGAUUAUAAAGAAUGAUAUGCAAGAAAUUUGCUGUAAUAUAACAUGUUGAGUGUCCAGGGAUAGAGCAAUGAUACUUUAAGUCUACAAAACAAAAUAUAUUGCUUGAGGAUUUUGUCUUUUGUGAUUUUGGAGUUUUGCUUUUCUAAUAAAGAAAUAUCUUAUUAAUCUUUACAGAAUUUUAAUGAUUUUUCUAUUUGCUUUGGGGUGUUUUUUAUGCCUUUUGUUUAGUGCUAUUUUCCAGAUACAUAGUACAAACGACAUUGUAGCCACAUUUUUCCAUAUUAAAUUUGUAUGUAGAUUACGUUCCCAUUAACAACCAUAGUAUCAAAAAUAAUAUCGCUAGUGAUAUUCGUUAGUCUCGCAAUGUAUGGUCAACAAGGGAUCAAAAGAUCACAACCAUAGUGUUUUUAAAUUGAGCUUACAAUAGUCAUAUUAAAGUAGGUUCAUAACAACAUUUUAAGUUUUGUACAUAAUAUAUAAGUAAAUGCCAUCAUUAAUUAACAUUUUUAUAUCAGACUUCCAUGUUUUUCUGUUGCCAAAAUAUCAUUUUUUUAAUAAAUUUGCUCAAAGAAAUCUUUUUUUCUGAUAUGAAAUAUAUUUAGUUGGUGAAAUGCUGCGUAUAAUCUCUUUGAAUGUUAAUUGUAAAUCGAAAUUGGAAUUGGAAUUUAUUGUUUUUUGUAGGUGGAUGGGUGGUUUGAUGAUGGGCAUACUAAAAUGAAUGUAUUGGACAAUAUAAACACAGGGCUAUAAUAGUCUUGUAAUAGUAUGAUAGUAUCCUUGUUACCUAUGAUAUUAAGAUUUUUAAAGUAAUUUUUAUUGCAUUUUUUCAUUUUUUACUACCGGUAUUUGAUUUUCAAAUUUGUUGUAUAACAAUUUAUCCUCUCAUGACCCUCGCUGAAAAGACACAUUAUGAAUUACAGCCAAUACUACAGUAAAAUUACUAUGUAGCGAUUUUCUUGCAAUGGUGUAUUAAUGAUGGACGAUUUCAGAGAAAGAUUUACAGUUUUUCCUGUUCAGUGAAUCAUGCAUCAAAUUUACUAUUUGGACCCCAAUAACCAGUUUGAAUUUACGAACAAUCAUUUUUUAUAAAAGUACUGAAGUGCUCGGGUGAUAGCACAUGUUGCUGAGUGCUCUGGACUUUGUACAUUAAAGUAGUCACCCGAAGAAUCAAAAGUGUUUUGAAUCGAUGCAAAAUUCAUAUCAUUGCAAAGGGGAAGCCUUACUGAUCAAAUAUAACAACUUCCUUCUUCAAAAUAUGUUUGGGGCUCGCAGUAAUCAUUUUCUCAAAAAUGUUAAUUUUGAGAUCCAGAUUUUCUGCCUUAAGCAGUCCUCCAAAGAGCUUCAAGAUUUGUGACGUCACAUGCGAGACACAGCUAGCCAUAAAGCUUUUUAUGCCUUUCCAUGAUAUCUAUAUGAUUUUUCAGCAAAUUAUUCAUGUUUUUUCAAGAGAAAAUGUUUCCAUCCAUUCAGUUGUCAUGAAUUUUCUUCAGGUGACUACUUUAAUGCCGUGCAUGGUAUAUCUGAUUUUUUUUUAAAUAUAAUUGUAUGGAUGACAAUAUUUUCCUUCUCAAAAUUCAUGAGAAUGAAAUUGUCGUCAUUAUCAUGUCUUGAUUAAAGAGUGUUUAUGCUGUUUUUGCUUUUCUAAUUAAUUUGUAUGCAAAUUUUUGGGCAUUAAUGAGAAAUGAAUGUUCUUGCCACUGCUAACAUCAGUGGUACUGGCAAUAAAAAUUGUGCUGAAGUCUCAUUCACCAUGUGUAUAAAGACAAAUUGCACAAUGAUUUCA